UAUAUCAAAACAAAAACAAGAAAUUAUAUAAUUGAAAUCGUCAGUUAUCUCAAACGUUGUUCUAAUAAUGAACAUAUGAGCAACACAUGUCGAUUUAUCUCAAGAACAUAUAAAAACACAUCCUGCGUACAGCGCGCAAUGUCCGUUGAUCAUCAAAACGCACUUAAAUUUCAGUGCGUACCCAAACUAUUCAAAAUCUUCCGCGAAAUAAAUAAUAAAUAAAAAUGCAAAUAAUCCUUUUCGGAUUAUUUUGUGUACAGUAUUCAUUAGUUUUCGGUGAAAACGAUGUGUUAAGGUUAAAAGAUCACCGGGAAUUUUUCAAUUUUGGAAUUAAAAAGCCAAAAGCGAGUGUAACCGACGAUAACGGCGCGUUUAAAUCAAAAGUUGAAGUUUUAGGGAGAAUCUUUAAAGAGAAAAUAACCGAAAUCAAGUCAAACAAUCAAUUGGAUUUUAUUUUCUUGAUUGAUGCCUCGUCGAGUAUCGGGGAGAUUAAUUUUAAAAAUGAAUUAAAAUUCGUUCGGAAAUUACUGAGUGAUGUCACAAUCGAUUACGAUCAUUCCAGAAUUGCUUUGAUCACGUAUAGUUCGAGAAAUAAAAUAGUUAAGAGUGUUGAUGAAAUUUCAAAACCAAAAAUGGAAAAUAAUAAAUGUUUGUUGUUAAAUAAAGAAAUCGAUAAUAUUACUUAUUCCGGUGGGGACACUUUUACUUUAGGAGCUUUUGAAACUGCCAAAGAAAUUUUUCAACAUUCUAGAAAUUCGAGUAAGAAGGUUUUGUUUCUUAUCACCGAUGGGUUUUCUAAUGGGGGCGAUCCGGUUCCUGUUGCGCAAGAUUUAAAAAAAGAUAAUGUUACUAUAUUUACCAUUGGAAUAAGAAACGGAAAUUUUCAAGAAUUGUAUCAAUUAUCUUCUUCGCCCGGCGAAUAUUACAGUUAUCUUUUAGACAGUUAUAAUCAAUUUGAGAGCUUAGCCAGGAGAGCUUUACAUGUUGAUUUACAAACUGGUGAAUAUAUUCCAUUGGGGACAUCGAAACCUUGCGAUAAUUUAUGCAAAGAGGGAAACUGUUGCGAUGAAGAAGCUUUAUGUACGUGCGGAACAUCGACUGGCCAUUACAGUUGUAUUUGUAAACCAGGUUUUUUCGGUUCUGGAUUACACAAUGAUUGUUCACCUUGUCCAAUUAACACAUUUUCAAACGGCCCGAAUUUAUGUCUUCCUUGUCCCGAUCCAAAUCAAUCGGCUAAUUUGGGUUCGAUCGGAAUUGAAAGUUGUAAAUGUAAAAGUGGAUUUCAACCAACGAAUGAUAAUAGAUGCGAAGUUUUAAAAUGUGAAAAAUUAGCAGCACCAGAGCAUGGAUAUUUUGUUAAAAAACGAGAAUGCGCUAACGUUUUAAACAGCGCUUGUGGAAUCCGUUGUGAAAUUGGUUAUAUCCUCGAAGGAACCAGCAUAAGAUUGUGUCAAGCGAAUGCUACAUGGAGUGGACAAGAACCAUCAUGUUUAGUAAAAACUUGUGAGGCUUUACAAACCCCUCUUCACGGCAACAUGACAUGUAAACACCAAGAAUUAGAAACAACUUACACAAACGAACCAAAACUCCCCGUUGAUACGGUUUGUUCGUUUUCCUGCGACCAAGGAAGAACAUUAUUAGGCUCCAAACAAAGAACUUGCCUACCGUUAGCUCAUUGGGAUGGUUUAAAAACAUCGUGCAAAUUGGUGAAAUGUAAUAAGUUACCAAAAAUUCCUUUCGGGAAAAUCGAACCAAGUUCUUGUCAAAUUGGAAAACAAAAUUUCGGAAAACAUUGUUCGAUUUCUUGCGAGGAUGGUUUCGAAUUAAUCGGGCCGAAAGAGAAAAUUUGUAAUGGGUUCCACGGAAAUUGGAAUAACAAAAAAGAUAAUAAAUGUAAAGAUGUUACAAAGCCGGUUUUAAUUUGCCCAGAAAAUAUAAAAAAUUUUACUUUACCCGGGAAAAAUUAUGGAAACGCUCAUUGGAAACUCCUCAAUGUAACCGAUAAUUCAGGUUUAAACGUAACGAUUUGGACGAAACCCUCCAUUUCUAACGUAACCAAUUUUAAAUUUAAACUUGGUACAACUAUUGUUACGUAUUAUGCGCAAGAUUUUCAAAGAAACGUUGCUAAAUGUAGCUUUAAUGUGGAAAUAAUUGAUAAUGAAAAACCCACCAUAGAAUUAUGUUCAGAUCCACCACCUUAUUUAACAUUCGAUAAAUCCGGUGCAAACAUAACUUGGGAUGAACCAAACAUUUUCGACAACUCAAGAAAUGUUCGAGUCGAGAAAUCCCAUGAUUUUGGUUUCUUCAAAGUUGGAACAACUUCGGUAAUUUACAAAGCGAUCGAUUUAUCGAAUAACACAAAUACAUGCGUUUUAAACAUCACCGUUGAAGUGGCAGUAUGCGACCCCCUUCCAAAUCCAUUGUUUGGACAAUCAAGUUGUACAACUGGCGAUAAUAAAAUGCAAUGCGUUAUCACUUGCCAAGAAGGAUAUGCUUUACCAAUACCAUUACAAAGCGAAAGUAUCGAUUACGGGGAUGUUCAAUACGUUUGCAACGAAGAUAACCCACCGUGGAUGGAAAAUAAGAUUUUUCCUGAAUGCACGAUAACCGAAAUUCCAUUGGAAUUAAUUGAUAACGUAACAAUUCAUAUCGAAUCGAAAGAAAUCGAAGCAAUUUGUUCGGAUAACAAAAAAUUAAGCGAAUUAAAUAAAAACGUUGCCGUCGAUUUAGAAAAAUCCCUUAAAGAAGCUUGUAACGACAUCGAUUGUUUCGUUAAAACCGAAUCUGAAUGCGAAGAGGUUUCGGAAAAAAUUAAAAGGCAAACUCAAGAGACCCAAAAAAGAAAGAAGCCGAAAAGGAUUAAAGUCAAAUUGCGAUUAAACGCGAAAAAUAAACCCAAUAAAAGGAAGAAAUUAAAAAGGAUUCGAGAUGAUUUAAAAAAUAUUGAAUCGUUGAAUGGUAAUCCUGUUAUUGCUAUUAGAUUUGAAGCUGGAACUAUUAUUUGUCCCGAUGGGUGUGUUGUAAGAAAACAAAAAUGUGUACGAUGUCCCCUUGGAACAUUUCAUAAUAAAACGUCUCAAAGUUGCCAAAGUUGUGAUUUGGGAUCAUACAACGAUAAGGAAGCACAAACCCAAUGUUUUUCAUGCCCUGAAAACAAAUCAACAAAAAAAUUGCAUUCAAAAUCAAUAACAGCUUGUAUUGAAAAAUGCCCACCAGGAAAAAUUGGCCGUAAAAGAACAAUUCGACCGAGAAAUUACCCAAAUAUAACAAUAACAAGAGUAACCCUUCCCCCUUAUUGCAAAUCUUGCCCUCUCGGAACUUAUCAAUCAAAUUACGGUCAACACGAAUGUUUAAAAUGCCCUCUUGGUUACACGACUAAUUCUGUUGGAAGUAAAUCGAUUUAUGAUUGCGUUCCAUCCGUUGACUUAAUAUGCACGAAUCUUACAAUAUGUAAUCAAGGAAAAUGUAUCGUUCAAGAUAACUUUUAUUACUCCUGCGAAUGUAAUCAUUUAUUUAUCGGGUCGCAUUGCGAAACUAAAAUUAAUACAUGUUCGUAUUCACCAUGUCUUCAUGGUGGAAUUUGCAAAUUAAAAUCUGAUGGUUUAGAAUACUUUUGUUCAUGCCCCGAAGGAUUUUCAGGUCAAAAUUGUGAAAUUCCCGAAGAAAAAUGCACAUUAAAAUGCGAAAACGGCGGGACGUGUUUGCAUGAUGAUCAGGAUGAGAUUUGCGUAUGCAAAGAUAGAUUCACAGGAAAAUUAUGUAACCAAAAAAUAUCUGAUUAUUGCACCAAUAGUUUUAAAAUUUGCGAAAAUAACUCGACUUGCAUCAACGAAGGAAAUUCAGUUAGAUGUAUUUGUCAACCCGGUUUUAUUGGGAGACGAUGUUCUUAUCUUCCAUGCGAUUUUCAACCUUGCCCAAAACAAUCAAUUUGCGAAAACAUUUAUGCAUCAAAUGCAACAAGAAAAAGUUAUGUUUGUCAAUGUUACGAUGGUUUUACCGGAAUAAAUUGUACGGAAAGGGUCGAUCCGUGUUUUAGAAAUAAAUGCAAAAAUAAUGGAAAAUGUAGAGUUAUUGGAAAAUCUUACAUUUGUGAGUGCCAAAACGAUUUUUAUGGCGAAUUUUGCGAUUUUGAAGCUAAGGAGAGAUACAUUUUAAGUUUUAAUAGAGCCGGAGUUACAGAUUCAGUACGAUUAGGUGGAUUCAAAGACAGUCUAAAUGAAAUUUCAGUUUGUUCUUGGAUUCACACUUUAGAUAACUUCAAUUAUGGAACUGUUUUAUCUUACGCCACAAGAGAACAUGAUAAUGCUUUUACAAUCACUGAUUAUGCGGGGCUUGUUUUUUAUAUCAACAAUAAAACGAUUAUUAGCGAUAUAAAACUAAAUGAUGGAUUUUGGCACUAUUUCUGCUUUACAUGGUCUGGAUUAACGGGAACUUAUCAGGUUUAUGUCGAUGGUAAAAUUGCUCAAAAAGGAAAUGAAUUUGCUAAAGGAGAAUAUUUAGGAGGAAAUGGAACAAUGAUGAUUGGUCAAGAACAAGAUAUAAUGGGUGGAAGAUUCAGCCAAUCCGAAGCAUUUCUAGGAAAACUCUCCGAAUUUGAUAUGUGGAGUAGAAUCUUAGACAUAAAAGAAAUCAAAUCGAUUAUGAAUUCGUGCAAUGGCCAGCCGUUUGGUGACGUUAUUUCUUGGCCAAUUUUAAAAGAUUUCGUUUUCGGCCACGUCCAAAUUGAAUCAUCACCAUUUUGCCAACAAUGCAAACCGCCCAAUCCCUUAUACAAUGGCCACAUUGAAAUCAAAAAUAACACCGCUUUUUACAUUUGCAACAAAGGGUACACUUUAAAUGAAGAAUUGUAUUUAAAUGGAAGAAAAUGUAAUAAAGCUACUGAGUGGGAAGAUCGAAUCGAACCUUUUUGUAGAACUGUUUAUUGUGGUUAUCCGGGAUAUUUACGCCAUGGAAGAAUUUUAGGAAGGCGUUAUUCAUAUCAAAGCGAAAUAAAACAUAUUUGCAAUCCAACUUAUUCCUUAAUAGGUUCCUCAAUAAGGAAAUGUACAGAUAACGGAACUUGGUCUCCAGAACCUCCAAAAUGCGAAGGAAAACGUUGCAAAGCUUUUAAGACUCCAAAUAAUUCAAAAAUUACGAUUUUUUCCGAUUAUAGUGACGAAUACAUCGAAGGCGUUGAUAGUUUCGAUAUGGGAACAUCAAUAGAAAUUUUAUGCGAAAAUGGAAGUAAAUUAAUCGGGGAAAAUUAUUUAACAUGCAAUGAAAAUGGCCAAUGGGAUAAUGAAAUUCCCGAAUGCGUUUCGACCAAACCAAAAUUACCAUGUCCUUUAGACCAUAUUCCGGCUCCACCUGAAAAUGGGUUUAUUGUGGAAAAAAGUAAAGAAGAAGCUUUUAAUGGCACCGGAAAUGUUAUUCAAUAUAAAUGUAAUGAUGGGUUUUUAAUGGAAGGUGUUUCAACGUCAACGUGUAUUAUUGAUGGGUAUUGGAGUCAACCUAACGUUACUUGUAAAAUUGCAGCAAAAAAGUGUCCUAAUCCUCCAAAAAUUAAAAAUAGCAAAAUAAUGAAAGCUUUCGAGAAGAGCUUUUACGUAGUUGGGGAUAACAUCACGUUCGAAUGUUUACCCGGUUAUAAAUUACUGGGUAACUCUAUCGUUAGAUGUAUUGACCCUGGAAAAUGGACAAGAAUUAAACCGAAAUGCAUCAAAAUUUCUUGUGGUAAACCAGACGUUGCGGAAAGUACCGAAAUUUUAGGAGAGUCCUAUUUAUUCGAUGAUACGAUAACUUUACUUUGCGGUGAUAAUAAAAACUAUAAGUUAACUUGUGGUAGUUCGGGAAGUUGGAUAGGAGAUAUAAAUAAUUCUUGUUAAGAUAUAUUUUUAUAAUAUUUAACCUUCGAGCGGGCGCGCCCGAUUUUAUAACACGAGCGGGCGCCUAUCAUAAAUUUUAUGAUUUAGGUCCGUAUUAAUAAGUAUUACGUUAUUUUUAAUAAAACACAUUUUGCUAGAGUAAAAA